AUGGGCUGGGGCCGCGGGGGCCGCGGUCAGGGGCAAGGCCGCGGGCCUCGGCUGGUGAGCCCGAGGCCUACAUCCCCGCGCCCGGCUUCGCCAUCGAGCUCGCACUACUUCGAAGAAGCAGCUGACGAGACCACCAAUCAGGACGGUUCGGAUCAGAUCACGCGGCUGGAAAAGAAGCUUGCAGACAUCAAGGAGAUUGAAGAGCGACUGAAGCGUGGGGAGACGCCUUCCAUUAGCCAGAUCAAGAAGGUCGAGUCCAAAGCAGCAGUGGAGAAGGAGUUGGCGCAGCUCCGUGGGCAUUCUGAGGAUGUCGACACCCAGCUCGCGGAGCUCCUGAAGGAGAAGGCUGAGCUGGAGGCCGAGCAGGCAGCCGAAAAAGAGGGCGCGGGGCAGUCGUGUUUCCUGCCGCACGUCGUCCCGGAGAUGACCAGCCCUUCGAGCCGUGCAAAGCUGGUGCCUGGGCAGCCACCCCGAAGUCCAACACGCCUUGCUCCGUGGGCAAAGCAGGAGAAGCCACGAUCCAAAAGCCCGGCCGUCACCGAGCCUGCAAUGAAGGCCGAAGACUUGCCAACUCCAACGUCGAAGGAGCAGUCGGCCGCACCCUCGAGCACGCCACCCAGGAGCCGGGCUACCUCUCCUAGGCCAGAGGGCGAGCUGUCGUUGCCGCUGCCGGCCCGUGUCCAGGAUUGGCAGAUUCGCCAGCUGCGGGAGGAUCUGUGCUUCUGGAGCGAGAAGUACGCCUCCGCCGCCAGGGUGGAUUCUGCUGCCGUCGUGGUCCAGCUCUCUGCGGAGGCGCACGCCGGUGGCGCCAAGGCCGAGCUGUUCGCACUGAUGGAGUACGACCUGGAGCUCGAGCAGGGCACCCUGAGCCGCGGCAUCGUCUCGAUCUCUGGGAGUCCGAAGGCAACCGGGAAGACGAUCAACGACGACCUCUCAGAUGUCGAUGUUGUCUUCGAAUGCUGCGACACCGACGCAUCUGGGGAGCUCGACCUGCACGAAGUGAAGUUCGCACUGAAUGCCUUUGGCUUGUUUCCGAGCCUGGACUACCUCAGGGACUGGAUGGGAGACUGUCAGACUCUGGACCGCACAGCUUUCCGCAACUUGCUGGACCAGAAAAGAAGGAGCGCCCCCACGUCGAUGAGGCGGCCGCGGACUGUGCCAUACGCACGGCGAGGUGUCCGCAUGCAGCAGCUGAACGACCUCCAGCACACUUUUCUUUCUAGCGGGUGGCUGAAGUCCAAGUGCGACGCCUUCAAUGCAGAGAACAAGAAGGCUAUUGAUGCAGGGAGCUGCUUCGCGAUGGACACGAACUUGUACGCCUUGAACCGCUGGGUGAUCAUGCCAGGCACGUCGCCGAGCGUGGCGGAGCCCUUGCCCCCCGCUCUCCGCAGGUCCGCCGGCAUGCCCGACGCCCUCCACGAGUCCUCCUACUCAGAGCUGAUGAAUUCCGGCGGUCUUGCUGUUGACUACUUCGUGUCGCACUUUUGGGGCCAUCCCUUCCAGGACACCUGGUCGGCUCUCGAUCUUUGGUCCCAGCAAGUCCACUGGCAAAUCGGGAAGGAGCCGCCGGACAUGGUCUACUGGGUGUGCCUGCUGGCCUUGAAUCAGCAUCAGCCAGGCGGAGUCAGAGCAGCCCUGUUACAGAGCCCUUGCGUCUUAGUGAAACAUACAAGGCUCAAGCUGCUUUGCCGCCUUUUGCUUCCCUACGACUUGCCUCAGCAUUGCAGCAUGCCGUUCGGAGUGUCCUUUUCAGCGAGCAGCAAGCAGAAGAAGGCGGAGGAGGUGGAUGGCAAGUCAGUGGUGCCGGUGCCCUCUCUCUUCACGGACAACAAGAGCUUCAAGGCAGCCUUUGGCCUAGUCUCGGACCCACGGGCACGCGACGCGCCUAAGAAGAAGUCAGAGGUUCCCAUCAUCAUCCAGCAGUCCGGGCGGGAGGAGAAGGCGCGUGCUUCACCAUGGGGCUUGGUCUCCACCAUCAUGGAGGCCUAUAAUCAACACCACGAGCUCGUCCUCCGGCCGGAUGACGUGUGGCAGGCGAUUCUGACGCAGUUCAGCUUCUACGUCAAUGCCCAUGCAGAGGCUUUGCGUGACAGGUUCGUCAACUUCGAGGGCAAGAUGACCCUCGUGGUGUCCAUGGGGGGCACGCUCUUCACUGCCGACUACGCCAAAUUCGCAGAACGCAUGGUGGACGAAAACAUUGUGAAGAACAUCAAGGACCCUGGGAUGGUAGCCUGGCUGAUUCCAGCCUUCACCACGACCACGGUGAAUGAUCGCGUGGUGGCCGCGGUCUCCGUCAUGUCCACUCUGCAGAACUACUUCGAGUACGUCUGCUGCCUGAUGUGUGGCAUCCCUAAGGUGACCCUGCUAGGCACUGUCGAGGACUGGGUGCAGCUUCGGCAGAAGGUGGACCGCUUGCCUGACUUCGACCUGGAAGACCGGCGGAUGAGCCAGUGGGUUGCGAUGUUGGCCCCGGUUCUGGACCAGUUCGUGGCCUCGGCGUCCGGGAAGGCGGACCUGGACUUCUGGGACAAGGUUUGCUGCCACUUAGGUGGUGGAAGUGGGCCUUCGUACCUGAGUGGCUGGGUUUCGGUCUUCUCCGUGUUCAAGAAAGAUGGCGCGUGGCAAGGGGAUGUGGGCGUGUACCGUGGGCUGUUCGACGACGAAAAGCCACCAGGGCCUUGGCCUUGCGUGGACACGGACUGCAUCCCUGCUGGAACGCUCAGUGUGCCUGUGCUUGUUGAUGACAAUGGCACUCAGUAUGACACGCAGAUGGUUGCAGGUGUCGUCGUUAGUGCAGGUCAGCUGGCUUCGGACAUUUGCUGCGAUGGCCGCGGUCUAUGCCCGCGCACCGACUGGUGCAUCGCGUACACCGGCAAGCCGAAAGCGGAGCCGCGUGGCUACCAGCAUGGGGAAAUUCGGCCAAGUGAGGCCGUGCAGGGAUAG